GCUAAGUUUAGACUCCUCCCCUGCUGCAAAAGCACAAACUAAAGGAUAAAAUCUCUCCACGAAGCAAAAAAGCUCUGCAUUUCUGAAGCUCCAAUCCAAGAGAAGUGUUGAAGAUGACAGUAGGACUGCGACUUGCUUGUCUGCUCGGACUUGUUGCACUGGUUACCAGCGAUGUGUACAUGCACAACCCCAGAGGUAGCAACAAUAGGCUCAACGAGCGCUCAGCUAACAGGAACAAUGCAAACAGGCUGUUUGACUCACAGAACAACAACAGAGGAGGUUAUAAUGCAGGGGACCAGGAAACUGGAGCGUUUAAUUCAGAGGACGAAAUCUAUUACAUGAAAUACUUCCAGAGUGGCCCUGAGGCUGAGACCCAGCUCACAAUCGAGUGGACCAAUCAGCACGGUUGUGGUGGCAACGAGGACACCGAUACUCACAAGCUCAACUGUAACCUCGUCAUUCAGUACAUGGUACAGGACUACGAAGACUUUGGGUCCACUCAAACCCCACCCACUGAUUCAGAGGAAAUAGCAACAAAGAUGCGAAAUGGAGCCAAUACUGGGACACAAAAUCACCAGAGACCUCCCAAUGGCGAGACUUAUGCUGCAUAUAUGAACAGAAGGAACGACAAUGUACAGGCUAACCGAGGUCUGCACGAGAGUCACAGCUACUAUGACGACUGCACCAGAAGGGACAGGAAUGAAGGUCUGUUCACAGCCGAUCAGAAUCUCCGUGGUGACUCAGCCAAGUUCACUCGCCAGAACCCCAACGGGAACAGACGUGGUUACGAGUGCCCUGAGGAGAGGGACUACUAUCCUUACUGGCAUCCCACUCCUUGGAGGGACAUUGCUGUUCUCAGUGACAAUGUGUCGCUGUGUGAGAGCUUCUAUCAGAAGGAGAGCUUCAACGUUGCCCCCAAGCAGAUCUGCAAGGAGAGGUACCCCACUGGUGAGGUCAAAGGUCACUCCGAUUUCAAUAACCAGGCAGAUUGUGAAGCAGACAACGCAGAUCCAGAUGUAGAGAGGAUAUGGUUCACUGAAUAUGCCUACAUCGACAUCGAUACACCUACGAAUCAAGGUGCCUGUGACGCAAGGAACAGCACGGACGGCUACAGACGUGUGUGGGCGGCCCCAUCAUUUGGAGAGCCCUUCAGUUGUUUAGUACUCCCCAAUGCACCCGACUGUAUGCAAGGUGGUUGGUCGCGAGACAAUCACCUUGGUAACGGCAGAGACGGAGUAACUCUGAACUACACAUGGACACUUCCUUACUUUCCAAGUGGAAGAAGCAAGAUUGCCAUUUUGAGACUGAGGUACAACAUCUCCACUGACGACUAUCAGCCGUGGGUCACUGACGCCAGCUUCAACCAGCAACUUGGUGCUGGAAUUCUCUCCCCUGUGGAGCAAAACCCCAAUGUUGACAUCAGCUCUACCACUAACAAACCUCUUCGUCUGGCCAUCAACACCGCUCAAUUUGGUCGUACCUUCCAAGACCGCACCCACGUCAUGGAGCUCCGCCCUCGCAGUGCCCUCGGAAACGCUGAUGCCGAAGCUUGCACCAUCCAUAACCUCAAUGUCCGUGGAAAGCGUGGGAACAUUGUCCAAACAUAUCCUGCCGUGGAGUACGACUUUGUGCCCAAUAGACUGACCAUCAACCAGGACGAGUGUAUCCACUUCCAGUGGACAGGGUCCAAUACACACAACAACGGAGCCCCUGGCGGUGACGGACAGACUGGUGACGCUGGCGAGGGAACUGGAGGUACUGACAGGACCAACAUUGUUGAGAUCCCUGACGCUAACAGCAGCUACCCCAUCCCCGUUGGCCAAUCCCUUGGCAUGUUCGGUGCUGCUGAGCUGCUCUAUGCCCCCCCGGGUGUUACAGUCCAAAACCCGGCUUCUGAUGUGGCUGUUCAGGCUAUUGACAAAGCUGCAUACUUUGGUAGCAUUGGGUACUAUUCCUGCUUUUAUAGAACAACAUGUGGAGCCAAUUCUGUGGAGGAUAAGGACCAAAUGAAUCAGCUCCUCAACAAUGCUCCAGCUUCAUUCGAAGGUGCCGUCUUGAGGUACAGGCAGAGAGCAAACUACCAUUACAUGUGCUCUAGGAACAACAAUUUCACAAACCGCAGUCAAAAAGGACAGCUCACUGUAAAAUAAACUCUAGGACUGUGCAUGUACGUACUUAUGUGGUUUUGUUUUGUUUUGGUAUGUAAUUAUUUAUUGUUUCAGUGUCUCUGUUUUUAGUUCAUUGAGUAAGAUAAUUCAUUCCAAAAAAUAAUAUGAUAACAUGUAUACAACUGUAUGCAUGUGUGCAAUGGCCAGUUCAUUUUUUGUACUGGCUGUGAAGAUCUUUUUCUGUUUGGUGAUUUUUAGUUUGGGCCUGCAAGUUGCUGGAUUUCAACUUGAGGUCUGUUGGCUGUUUGUUUCUGUAACUCUCCUGAUUUCAUCCCGUUAUUUUUUUUUUCAAUCUUAACUGUUUAAAAAUGAGCACUUCAAAUGAAAA